GAGAUGACUCUCCUGUCCUCCCAGACGCCAUCCCUGGAGACAUCCUCAGCUGCCACUGAAAGCACAGAGCAAAGGAUGCUGGAGAAGAGGUCCAAGGUUAUUGAGGAACUACUCCAAACAGAGCGGGACUAUAUCAGAGACCUGGAGAUGUGUGUGGAGAGGAUCAUGGUGCCCUUGCAGAAGGCACAGAUGCAGAACAUAGACUUUGAUGGCCUUUUUGGAAACAUCCACAUGGUAAUUAGCUUCUCCAAGCAGCUGCUGUCGACCUUGGAGGCUUCAGAUGCCAUUGGGCCAGUGUUCCUGACACAGCGUGCAAAGCUGGAGAGCAUCUACAAGGUGUAUUGCCAGAACCACGAUGAGGCCAUCGCACUGCUGGAAACUUAUGAGAAGGAUGAGAAGAUGCAGAAACUACUUCUGGACCUGCUGGAUAGCCUCAGGAGGCUGUACAGUGAGUGGGGCUGCAGAAACUACAUUAACCUGGGCUCCUUCCUCAUCAAGCCAGUGCAAAGGGUGAUGCGAUACCCCCUGCUGCUGAUGGAGCUGCUGAGCACCACCCCUGAGGCUCAUCCUGAUAAGGCGCCACUCGCGGCUGCUGUCCUUGCAGUCAAAGAAAUCAAUGUCAACAUCAAUGAAUACAAGCGUAGGAAGGACCUGGUGCUAAAGUACAGGAAAGGGUAUGAUGAUAGCCUUAUGGAGAAGAUCUCCAAGAUCAACUUACAUUCUAUUCUCAAGAAAUCCAACCGUGUGAGCAGCCACAUCAAGCAUCUCACAGGCUUUGCACCCCAGCUGAAGGACGAAGCCUUUCAAGAGACAGAGAAAAAUUUCCGGAUGCAGGAGCGACUGAUCAAGUCCUUCAUCCGGGACCUUUCCCUCUACCUGCAGCAUGUCCGGGAGUCGGCUUGUAUGAAGGCACUGGCAGCAGGGAGCAUGUGGGACCUGUGCAUGGAGAAGGGAAGUGGGAACAUGGACCAGUUUCAGAAAGUGAAUCGGCUCAUCAGCGACCAGCUCUUCUCCAACUUUAAAGAGCGGACAGAGCGGCUGGUGAGCUCACCCCUGAACCAGCUGCUGAGCAUGUUUGCAGGGCCCCACAAGCUGGUGCAGAAGCGCUUCGACAAGCUCCUCGACUUCCAUAACUGCACGGAGCGAGCAGAGAGGCUGAAGGACAAGCGAACACUGGAGGAGCUGCAGUCAGCUCGCAACGACUACGAGGCCCUCAAUGCCCAGCUGCUGGAUGAGCUGCCCAAGUUCCUGUGCUUUUCCAAGGAGCUAUUUGCCAGCUGCGUGAGGGGCUAUGCCGAGGCACACUGUGACUUCGUGCGCCUGGCCCUGGAGGAGCUGAGACCUCUGCUGUCGUUGCUGAAGGUGUCUGGCAGGGAGGGGAACCUCAUUGCCGUCUUCCAGGAUGAGCACAGUCGAGUCCUCCAGCAGCUCCAGGCCUUCACCUUCUUCCCAGAGUCCCAGGCAGCUCCUAAGAAAACUUUUGAAAGGAAGAGCAUGGAACGGCAGUCUGUCCGGCGGCAGCCCCUUGUGGGCUUGCCUAGCUACUUCCUGCAGUCGGAUGACAUCCGAGCUGCCCUCCUGGCCCGCUAUCCCCCGGAGAGUCUCUUCCAGGCAGAGCGCAAUUUCAAUGCUGCCCAAGACCUGGAUGUCUCACUGCUGGAAGGAGACAUUGUGGGUGUCAUCAAGAAAAAGGACCCCAUGGGUAGCCAGAAUCGCUGGCUCAUAGACAAUGGGAUGACAAAAGGCUUUGUGUACAGCUCCUUUCUGAAACCCUACAACCCACGCCGCAGCCAGUCGGAUGUCUCUGUGGGCAGCCACUCUUCCAACGAGUCAGAACACAGCAGCUCCUCUCCCCAGAGCAAUGCCACACUGACCUUCAGCCCCAGCGGGGCAGCCGUCACCUUCACUCAGAAACCCCCGCAGGACUCAGCCUCCCCAGCAGACUCACACCAGUCCCCACAGCCCCCACUGGAGGUGGAUUCUCUGCCCCAGCUUGGCUCUGGCGACAGGGCAGUGCCGCCGGAGGCUGGUACAGUGGUAUCUCAGCGCCACUCCAGACGCCUUGAGCUGGGCUGCAGCGCCAACUCUCACAGUGGGCAUCCUGCUAAAGCACAUCUCAGGCCCACGCUCUCAGUGGAGGACAGAGACUCUGGGCUGGAGAGCGGCGAGUCAGAGGGCAACCAGCAGGUGUACUAUGCUCUCUAUACCUUCAAAGGCCGAAACACCAACGAGCUGAGCGUGUCAGCUAACCAGAGACUCAGGAUUUUGCAGUUUGAGGACAUCACAGGCAAUCAGGAGUGGUGGCUGGCCGAGGUGCAUGGAAAGCAGGGCUACGUACCCUCAAGUUACAUCCGGAAGACAGAGUACACGUGA